AUGCCUUCGUCUCCGCGAACUCCGAGGCAUAGUCGGCACCCCUCGAACAUCGACCUCUCCUUUGCGACGCCCCUCUCUUAUGAUAACGACCCCAGCUCCCGAAGACACUCAAAAGCCUCCAUACAUAGCCCUACUACUCCAAAUCACCAUAGCCUCGGGCGAUCAGAUUCUAUCGGACGAGAUGUAUUUAGCAGCGGAGGUCCUGCACAGGCAUCAAAUGGACUCGGCAACCUAGCUGACGAGUUGGCGGAUGCUUGGGACGAGGAUGAUAUAGAGGAGGACGAGGACGAGGAUGAGCCUGAGAUGAAUUUCCAAGAAGAGAGGCAAGUGGAAGAACCAACAAGGGAUAGCGGUGUAGAUGUUGCGUCUUCGCCAGUUGAAGCUCCGUCAAAACCGACGCAGCUGACACCACCGAUCGGCGGGAGAGGUCACCGGAAGCACAUGAGCGAGUAUGACGGUAGUGAUUAUGGAGGCGAUUCGGAUUUGGAUUCUCCUGGGAUACCACCGGGUCUGGUAGCCAGAAUGGAUACGGUGGAGGGUCUGGCACGAAGAGGCACGGAAAACAACGGCACUGAUAGGGAUGGAGUCAUUACCAGGGUGGUAGAAGGACUGAAGGAUCUUGGUGGACAAUCUGGAGUUGAGGGCGGCGCUACAAGACUAAUCACAGCACACACCGCAUUAUCAAGUCACUUAUUGCACCAGACUCGGCUUCUACAAUCUCUCGCAUACCCUUUAUUCUCCCCUCUAGUCCAACCGCCAGAUGAGGAAUUUAUCGACGAUCUAAUUCCCCUUCUCGUCACGCUCAACGAAUCCAUACCCCGCCCUACAACCGCUGCCUUCACCUCAUUGACCCAACUCCACGGUUUAACAGCUGACCUAGUCCAAACUCUCAACUAUCUUUCCGACACACUACACAUGUCUCGCCAAACCACCACAACAGCCACGCGGCGGCUGCGAAGCGCCCGUGAGCUUGUUGCCGAGAUGCGGAAGGAAGAGGAGGCCCGCGAAGAAGGCGAACUCUGGCUCAAGCGAGGGAAUUGGUCAGAAAGGCUCGGGGCUAGAGAAUGCGCAGGCGUUUGUGGGGAUGUAGUUGGGGGAUUUGAGCAAGUGUGUAAUGACUGGCGGGCCAGACUCCUUGCCCAGGCAGACGGGGUGAGUGCUUGA